AUGAAGUACAUCCAAACUGACCAGAUUCUAGACAUCCCAGAGGGUGUCACCGUGAACAUCAAGUCCAGAGUGAUCAAGGUCGCUGGUCCAAGAGGUGAAUUGACCAAGAACUUGAAGCACAUCGAUGUCACUUUUGACAAGGUCAGCAACAGACAGGUCAAGAUCACCGUCCACAACGGUGACAGAAAGCACGUUGCUGCUUUGAGAACUGUCAAGUCGUUGGUUGCCAACAUGGUCACUGGUGUCACCAAGGGUUUCAAGUACAAGAUGAGAUACGUCUAUGCCCAUUUUCCCAUCAACGUCAACGUUGUUGACAAGGACGGUUCCAAAUUCGUUGAAAUCAGAAACUUCUUGGGUGACAAGCAAGUGAGAUUGGUUCCAGUCAGAGAAGGUGUCAGCAUUGACUUCUCUACCACUCAAAAGGACGAGAUCGUUUUGUCCGGUAACUCUAUCGAGAACGUUUCUCAGAACGCCGCUGACAUUCAGCAAAUCUGCCGUGUCAGAAACAAGGAUAUCCGUAAAUUUUUGGAUGGUAUCUACGUUUCUGAAAAGGGCUUCGUUGAAGUGGAUGCUUAA